CCUGUAAAGGACGCGGGGACUCGGAGCUUCAAUGAACAAGUUUCGGUUGCACAGAUUUGGAACACCGGUCACCUGGCGCGUCGAAUGGAGGGUGAUACACCUCAGGGUGAAGAAUACAACAAGGAAUACAUUAGAGUGUACCAGAGUCUACUGAAAAAAGACAGCCUGUUGAAGCCGGAGAGCAGCCUAUCCCUGACUGAGUUAAGUGCGGGUGAGAAGAAGCCCAGGGCAUCUGUUAGUCAUUCCGGCCUGCUGAGCCCUAACACACAAGCCCAUGUCAGACACGCGGUCAAGGUCAUUCAGUCAAAUGGUGCACCUGUGUUGACCACACCCUCGCGAAUUCAGGGUGAAGGAAUACCACAAACUGUCAGUCUUCUUGGGAAACAUAGGAAGGAGAGCAGUAUUCUAGGAUACCGGAAGAAGACAACAGGCAGUGGUCGUAAACGUGCGCCCCCAUCAACCAACGACCCAUACUAUCAUCGCUGGAAGUACUUGAAGAAAUAUGUGAAGCAAAUGGUCUUUAUGAAUGCGGGGCUAUGUGAUGAGGUGGUCAGACAGGAAGUAAAGGUUGCCCGGGCUCGUGAGGAACGCAGUUUUCUUCUGCGAAAGUUAAUACACUACCAGUCCAUGUCAGAGAUCCAGCCUAUCCCUGGAGGGAGCGUUCUCACCUCAUCCAUGAAGAGUAUUGGAGAGGAGACAUCUUUACAGGGGAAAUCUCGGCCGAAGAAAAAGUCUGGACAUCUAGGAGACAAAAUGGGAAAACAAACCAAGGAUAUGAUGGAAGGGAUGAAAGUUAAGCCGAAGAAAUCCAAAUCAAGCACCAGUAAGCAUGCUGUCCCCCCUCUUCCACUAGAUGGACUGGGUCGACCAAUCUUUCCCCUACAGAUAGGAGAUCUCACUGUGCACAGUAUAGGGGAGAUAGUUCCUGAUCGGCCUGGUUUCCACACUUCGAACAGCAUAUUUCCCGUGGGUUACUGCAGUACCCGACUGUACGCCAGUCUCAAGGCCCUCGACAAACAGUGUCUCUACACCUGUAAAAUAUCUGACGGUGGGAAUGGACCUAUGUUUGAGAUUGUACCAGAUGAUGACCCGAAGGUUUUCAAGAGUCGGUUUCUGUCGGAAUGUCACAGUCAGCUGUUGAGAGCUCUAAACCAGUCCAGAGGAGUGAAGCUCUUGGAGACCAUUGGAAAGGGCCCGGAGUUUUUUGGGCUAACCCACCCAGUGGUUCAAAACCUGGUUCAGAGUUGCCCAGGGGCAAAGAAAUGCCAGGGCUACAAGUGGAUCAAGUUUGAGGUGAAUAAGGGGCUCACUAUGGACAUGAUGCCCCAGGGCUCUGACGAUCCCUCAGUCAGCCAUGAGGCUCUCAAGAGCCGGAUUAGCAGCAUGCAGGACCAAGGCCAGUCCAACUUGAGAACCCUGCUGACUGGAGCACUGAUGGACACAGCUAAACUACCAACCUGAAACUCCUGAUGGAACUCCUCACAAAAUGAAUGAAUUGUCAAGGACCAAAGACCAAACCAGAUAACCUGUUUGAAAAAAGAUUGUAUAUGUAAUACGUGUUUACAAGUGUCAGUGAAUAUAUUUAAAGAUGGCAAUGUUUAACAGACAGAUAUGUGUGCAGGUUCACAAUGGCAUUAUCCUUAUCAGUAUCAGGAAGACAAUAUUUUUGUUCAGACUGAUUUACAUGUACAUGUUUACUUAUGGAAUACAUAAAAACUGUUACAUCUAAUAUGAUAUAUAAUUAUGUAGAUACAAUUGAUUCUGUAUGAAGACAGGAAAAAAUAACAAACGAAAAAAAUGUC